AUGCGUUUCUCGCUAUUAGUGCCCGCCAUUGGGACUUUUGUGUUUGGUGCGACCUUCAUCGUCGCAGCCCGUCCGAAUGAUGCUGCGGCGAUCCUCCAAGAUUUACAGAGGAAGGUUGAAGCCAAGCUACACGAGACAAACAAGACAGCUCCCGGUUCCCUGCCCGGACAUGGAGGCCAAACAUGCACACUCGCCAACGCUGCCGUCCGCAAAGACUGGUACCUCUACCCCCUUUUCUUUUCAUCGAACAUCCUCCGCCGUCUCGGGACGAAAGCUCUUGUUGGGGCGGUCCCGUUGUUUGCUGCCAGAUUGCCUACCAGUGUUUUACCGUCCGUCGACCCGGACUUCUCGGCAGCGCAGAACCACUUCGAUGACUUCGUCGCCGUGCACAUGAACCAGACCAACUUCAUCCACGGCACGGCAAACUUUCUUACGUGGCACCGCUACCUGAUCUGGCUUUGGGAGCAGAAGCUGCGUAACGACUGUGGCUAUACUGGCUAUCUACCGUACUGGAACUGGUUCAAGUACCAAGACGACCUGUCCAAGUCGCCGGUUUUUGAUGGUAGUGACACCAGCCUAGGCGGCGAUGGCGAGUACUUUGCGCACAACGGCAGUGUCGUCGGCGCUGGACGGGUCUGGCUGCCAUCAGGAGAGGGUGGCGGCUGCGUGAAGUCGGGCCCUUUUGUCGGCUAUACCAUCAACAUCGGCCCAGUCCAGCCCGCCAUGCAAGGCUACACCCCCGUCUUCACCGACGUUAAGCACCUCAACCCGCGCUGCCAGCGACGCGACCUGACCACAGCGGCAUCCACAUCCACCUUCACCGCCGCCAACCUGCUCAACCUCACCACGGGCCCCGCGUCAGCCACCGUCGGGCACUUCCAAGACGAGCUGCAAGGGCCGUACGGCACCCUCCGCAUCCACGGCGCCGGCCACUACGCCAUGGGCGGCGACGGCUCCGACGUCUUCACGUCCCUCAACGACCCGGCCUUUUACCUGCACCACGCCAUGGUCGACCGCCUCUACUGGAUCUGGCAGGUCCUGCACCCGGCCGAGGCGCACAAGGUUAAUGGUACCGUUACCUUCCGCAAUAAUCCGCCUAGCCGCGAGGGGACGGUGGAUGAUCUGCUUGAUGUGGGGAAGCUGGGGCCGGCUGUUCCGAUUAGGGAUGUGUUGGACACCCUUGGGGGCUCGCCGCUGUGUUACAUCUAUCUUUAG